AUGGUACCGUCGGUGCGCGAGUUCUACAAAGGAAAACGGAUUUUUGUGACCGGGGGCACUGGCUUCCUAGGGAAGGCGCUCAUAGAGAAGAUUCUCCGGAGCUGUCCUGACGUGGAGGUGGUAUACCUGCUGCUGCGACAGAAGAAGGGUGUAAGCAGUGAUGACAGACUCAAGGAACUGUGCAACAAUAAGGUGUUCGACGUAUUGAGAGAACAGAAUCCUGCCGCCUUCAAGAAACUAAGGCUGAUCGCGGGAGACAUCCUGGAGGCGCGCCUGGGACUCUCUCCUGAUGAUGAGAAGGAACUUCGGGAGAAGUGCCACAUUGUGUUCCAUAGCGCCGCUUGCGUCAGAUUUGACCAGAAACUGAAAGACGCUGUGCACAUGAACACCACAGGGACGCUGAGGGUGCUGGAGCUGGCUGAGACCAUGGAGAAGCUGGAGGUAUUCGUCCACCUCUCAACAGCAUACUGCCGCUGUCACCUCGAGGUCCUGGAAGAGAAGUCUUACCCAGCCGUCCACAACCCUCGCCGCAUCCUCGACCUGGUGGAGUGGAUGGACGAUGAGACCCAGGCGUAUUUGGAACCCAAACUGAUAUCUUCAGAGCCAAACACGUACUCUUACACGAAAGCUAUCACCGAGGAGCUGGUGGAGGAAUACCAGGAGAAGUUCCCCAUAGCCAUCGCCAGACCUUCCAUUGUGAUAGCGGCGUGGAAGGAGCCCAUCCCAGGCUGGGUGGAUAACAUGAAUGGACCCACUGGCCUUCUGAUCGGCAGCGGAAAAGGUGUGAUCCGAAGCAUGCAUUGUGAACCCUCGUAUACCACGGAUGUUCUUCCCGUGGACGUCACCGUGAAUGGCUGUCUGCUUAUAGCAUACGCCACGGCACUUGACAAGCCAAAGAAAGCAGUGUUCUACAACGUUACUCUGUCAGAAGUCAUCAAAAUUACGUGGGGGGAAAUCAUUGAACUAGGCAGGAAAUGGCUGGCGAUCUACCCCCACACGCUGGCGCUGUGGCACCCCGGGGGCACCAUCAAGUCCUACUACUUCCAACAUCGAGUGUGCGUGUUCCUCUACCACCUCAUACCGGCCUAUGUGGUGGACGGUCUGCUGUUUCUGCUGGGAAAGAAGACUUUUUUGGUGAAUGCUCAGAAGCGAAUCAGUCACGGCUUGAACGUGCUGCAGUUCUACACGACGAAAGAAUGGCAUUUCGUCAACACCAAUUUCAGAUCUCUUCGGAACCGCAUCAGCAAGGAAGACGACGAGAUAUUCUUCACGGACGUGUCUCCCCUGGACUGCGAGGACUACCUGAAGAACUACAUCCUGGGCGCCAGAUAUUACGUCUGCAAAGAAGACCCGUCGACGUUGCCCAAAGCCAGGAAACUGUACAGAAUUCGCUUCCUUGUGGACCAGAUCUUCCGUCUUCUCUUCUACGUUCUAGUCUUCUGGGUGCUGUAUUCCUACAGGGACUUGUUCGUGUCUUCGGUGGAGAAGCUGGACUCAGCUCUCAAGAGCCUCACACCAAUUAAUGUGAAAGCUGAAGAAGUUUGUGAAGUGCCCAGCGAUACGUUAUAAUAUUGUAUAGCUGUUUUUAUAUGCUGCCGUGGUAUAACUAAAAUGCCGUUAUCUGACAUCAGGAUUUACACCUUUUUUACCA